CGAAGAUCUCCGGUUGCUGCGGCAGUCCUGUAGGCUGCAGCGUCCGAUCAGUGCCUCUUUGGCGGGCAAGAAAGCAAUGCUUGCUUUCAAUUUGAACAUCAUCUUUGGGAGCAGCUUCCUUCAUGACAUGUAUUGCCCUAAAGAUGUGCUGGCUUUUAAAAAUAUGAUGUGCUAAAUUGUUGCCCUCUUGCUGGGCCCUCUUCGGUGUGUGACUUGGAAUGCUGAACUUCAAGAUUGCACAGCAUCAAGGUCAAGCUUUUCUCAUGGGGCAAAGCCAUCAGUCUGAAAUGAUGGAGCCAUGAUGUCAAGUGAGCUCAACAGAUUGCGGUGCUUCUAAUGGAGAAAUUGCAAUUGGAUUUUGGCAUAUAUUCACAGGCUCCUAGAAGACAAUAAUGAAACCUUUCAGUGGCAGGUAUUAAAACAAUGGGAAAUGCAGAGAGCCAAAGUGUAGAACAUCAAUUUUAUGGUGAGAAACAUGCUAGUUUGGGCCGAAAGCAUACAUCACGUUCUCUUCGUCUUUCAAACAAAGCAGCACGGCGGACCAGACAUGCAUCCUCAGGAAAAAUUAUUCACAGAAACUCAGAAGUAAGCACAAGAUCUAGCAGUACUCCCAGCAUCCCUCAAUCACUAGCAGACAAUUGCCUGGAGUCUUUUACUCAAGAAUCCGAUUUAGGGGAUUUUGGAAGCCCAAUCUGGGGGGACAGAAUGGAUAUGGGCUUGAGGCCAGUUUCUUACCACACUGAUUCUUCUGUCACUCCAAGCAUGGAUAGCAGUUCAGCCCUUAUGACAGCCUCGGUACAAAGCAUGCCAGAUUCAGAAGGCGGAAGACUUUACAGAGACGAGUCAACAUAUUUGACUGAAGUAGGUGGUAGGCAACAUUCUUAUUCAACAAAUGGGACCACAUUUUUGGAGCCUAUGAUUUUCAAGAAAAAACGUUCAAAGUCUGCAGAUAUCUGGCGGGAGGACAGUUUAGAAUUUUCUCUGUCUGAUCUUAGUCAAGAACAUUUGACAAGCAAUGAAGAGAUCCUAGGAUCUCCUGAAGAAAAGGACAGUGAGGAAACUCCAGGGAGAGAACCUAGUAAUAGUCGUCAACCAUUGGUCACAUGCCAGCGUGCCAAUUCCAUGAGUGACUUGUAUUCUCCUAAAAGUUCAACUGUUACAAUAAAUGGUGGACCACGUAACAUGCUAGGAGGUUAUUGUCGGAAUAUAGGGUCUCAUAUCCCAGAUAUGGAAAACCACAAAAUAUCACCAAACACAAUGGAUAAUGUGUCCUCUUAUAGUACUUACAACACACUUCCCUGUCGGAAAUCUCAUUGCCUUUCUGAAGGAAUCAGUCACAUCAAAAUGAACCACAGCAACAGUAUGCAUGGCAGACGAGCAAAAACAACGCAGGAUGUUAAUACAGGAGAUGGGAGUGAAUUUGCUGACAGUGGAAUUGAGGGUGCAACAACAGACACAGACCUCCUUUCUAGACGUUCAAAUGCCACAAACUCCAGCUACUCACCAACAACCAGCCGAGCCUUUGCUGGUAGUGACAGUGGCAGUUCGUCAACUGGAGAUGGGGCCCGUCAGGGAGUCUAUGAGAACUUUCGACGAGAGUUGGAGUUGAGCAGCACCAAUGACAAUUUGGAUGAGGCUGGCUCUACCCUGAGUGAUGAACAGAGCAGUGGGACUUUGAGUUCCCCAGGACAGUCGGAUAUUCUUCUUACAGCUGGGCAGGGUACAGUAAGGAAGGCUGGAGCUCUUGCAGUGAAAAACUUCCUUGUCCAUAAAAAGAACAAGAAGGUGGAGUUAGCCACAAGGAGGAAAUGGAAGCAGUAUUGGGUUUCCUUGAAAGGUUGUACUUUAUUCUUCUAUGAAAGUGAUGGCAGAUCUGGGAUAGACCACAACAGCAUCCCAAAACAUGCAGUAUGGGUGGAAAACAGCAUAGUACAAGCAGUACCUGAACAUCCAAAGAAAGAUUAUGUUUUUUGCCUCAGCAAUUCCCUUGGAGAUGCAUUUCUCUUUCAGACUUCUAGCCAAACAGAAUUAGAGAAUUGGAUCACAGCAGUUCAUUCUGCUUGCGCAACAGCAGUAGCACGACAACACCACAAGGAAGAUACUGUGAAACUGUUGAAAACUGAAAUUAAAAAACUGGAGCAGAAGAUUGAUAUGGAUGAGAAGAUGAAGAAAAUGGGAGAAAUGCAUUUCCUCAGCUUGUCUUCAGUUAGAGACUCUAAGAAAAAGAAAACAAUUCUUGAUCAGAUCUUUGUUUGGGAACAAAACUUAGAACAGUUCCAAAUGGACCUCUUUCGAUAUCGUUGUUACUUAGCUAGUCUUCAAGGAGGGGAACUGCCAAACCCCAAAACACUACUUGCAUUUGCAAGCCGUCCAACUAAAGAUGCAAUGGGUCGUCUUGGAAUCUUUUCAGUGUCCUCCUUUCAUGCCCUGGUGGCAGCUCGCACAGGUGAAUCUGGUGUCAGAAGACGAACACAGGUAAUGUCAAGAUCAGCAAGCAAACGAAGAAGCCGGUUUUCUUCUCUUUGGGGCCUGGACACUGCUUCAAAGAAAAAGCAAGGGAGGCCAAGCAUUAAUCAGGUUUUUGGUGAAGGAACUGAUUCUGUAAAGAAAUCUUUAGAAGGAAUAUUUGAUGACACUGUGCAAGAAAGUAAGAGAGAAAAAGAAGUAGCCCUCACUACUGUCCAUCCUCAUAAUCCUGACUCUGACAUCUGGGUUCAUGAGUAUUUUACACCAUCAUGGUAUUGCCUGCCAAAUAACCAGUCGGCUUUGACUGUCAUCCACCCAGGAGACACAGCAAGAGAUGUCCUCGAAAUGAUUUGCAAGGCACAUCAGUUGGAUUACUCAGCUCACUAUGUCCGUCUCAGAUUCCUCAUAGGAAACCAAAUGGAAUGUUACAUACCAAAACCAGAAGAAGAUAUUUAUGAAUUGUUAUAUAAAGAAAUUGAAAUUUGUGAAAAAAUUACACAGCAAAUUCAGCUUGAAAAAUCUGACACAUUGGAUAAUUAUGGUUUUUCUCUAUCCUCUAUAGAAGAAGAAGGGAUUCGUCGUCUCUACAUCAACAGUGUCAAAGAAACAGGUCUGGCUUUUAAAAAAGGUCUGAAACCAGGUGAUGAAAUUGUUGAAAUUAAUAAGAAGCCUGCUGAAGACCUGAACUCAGCCAUGCUAAGAGAUCUUCUUGUUCAGCCUUCUCUGUGCCUUAUUGUACAGACUUAUCCUGAGAGAGAGGCAGGCCAGAAUCGAAUAUACUUACCACCUCGGAGGAUAGAUGGUUCUUUUGACUUGACUGACAGUCCAUUAAAGUCUGUAUGCAGCACCCAAGGGCCCUUGCUCAGCAAUGAUCAAGACAACUGUAUCUCAAUACGUAUCUCAUCUCUAGAAGAGACAGAAGUGAACAUCUUGGAAUUCUCUGAUGAGAGUGAUAAAACAAGCAAGAGUACAGAACAGGUGGCUGCUUUUUGUCGCAGUCUUCAUGAGAUGAAUCCAUCUGACCCUAAUGUGAUCAUUCAGGAAUCUACUGGACCUCAACAAUCCACUACAAGACAGCUAACUGAUGCUGAUAAACUGCGCAAAGUUAUUUGUGAACUACUUGAAACAGAAUGCACAUAUGUCAAGGAUUUAAAUUGUCUAAUGGAGAGAUACCUGAAACCACUACAAAAAGAAGUUUUUCUUACUCAAGAAGAGCUUGAUGUUCUUUUUGGGAAUCUGACUGAAAUGGUGGCAUUUCAAGUAGAGUUUUUGAAAACACUUGAAGAUGGAGUAAGAUUGGUGCCAGAUCUGGAAAAGCUUGAAAAAGUUGACCAGUUUAAAAAAGUGUUGUUUUCCUUGGGUGGGUCCUUCCUGUAUUAUGCUGACCGUUUCAAGCUGUAUAGUGCCUUCUGCGCAAGCCACACAAAGGUUCCAAAAGUCCUAGUGAAAGCUAAGACAGACACAGCAUUUAAAGCAUUCUUAGAUGCCCAGAAUCCCAAAAGACAACAUUCGUCAACAUUAGAGUCUUACCUCAUCAAACCAAUCCAGAGGAUAUUGAAGUACCCUCUUCUGCUGAAAGAACUAUUUACUCUCACUGAUGCUGAUAGUGAAGAACAUUAUCAUCUUGAUGUGGCCAUAAAAACAAUGAACAAGGUUGCUAGCCACAUCAAUGAAAUGCAGAAAAUCCAUGAGGAAUAUGGAGCUGUGUUUGACCAGCUCAUUGCAGAACAAACAGGAGAUAAGAAAGAGGUGGCAGACCUUUCAAUGGGAGAUUUGCUAUUGCAUACCACAGUCAUCUGGCUUAAUCCUCCGGCGUCACUUGGAAAGUGGAAGAAGGAACCUGAACUGGCAGCAUUCGUGUUCAAAACUGCUGUGGUACUUGUAUAUAAAGAAGGAGUGAAACAGAAGAAAAAAUUGGGUGGAUCCCAUAGGGCUUCCAUUUAUGAAGACACAGACCCAUUCCGUUUCCGUCACAUGAUUCCCUUGGAGGCUUUGCAGGUCCGAGCCUUGGCAAGCUCAGAUGCAGAGACCAGUUCUGUCUGUGAGAUAGUUCAUGUGAAAUCUGAGUCUGAAGGCAGGCCAGAGAGGUCAUUCCAUCUUUGUUGUAGUUCCCCAGAACACAGGAAAGAUUUUCUAAAAGCUGUGCAUUCAAUUUUACGUGACAAACACAGAAGACAACUUCUUAAAACUGAAAGUUUGCCCUCUUCACAGCACUAUGUCCCAUUUGGAGGGAAAAGGCUGAGUGCAUUGAAAGGUGCAAGGCCAGCUAUGAACAGGACAGUGUCUGCCCCAAGCAAGUCACUCGGGAGGAGAAGGCGACGCCUAGCCCGAAACAGAUUUACCAUUGAUUCAGAUGCCGUCUUUGCCAGCAGUCCUGAGAAAGAGACCCAUCAGUCAUCCAGCAACAAGGACACUGACCGCUGGGUAGAAGAGCAGUUUGAUCUUGGUCAGUAUGAAGAACAAGAGAACAUAAAAGAAACAGAUAUUCUCAGUGAUGAGGAGGACUGUUGUGAGCCUUUGAAGAACACCAUGGUUGAAAAAGAACUCCAGGAGCAACUGCAGUCAGCCUCUAUUACAAGCAACCAGUCAUACCAGGAAACCAAAACACGGUAUACCAUGGGCACACACGCAUCCAGAAUGGCUCAGUUAAAGAAACAAGCUGCUCUGUCUGGAAUUAAUGGUAGCAUGGAAGGGAACGGUGAAGAAGUCAUCUGGGUUCGCCGUCAAGAUUUUGUACCAUCAAGAAAAUUAAACACAGAACUUUAAACCCAAUACUUUCUGGUUAGAUGCUAGGUGUAGGUGAGCCCCAAAUUUAUCCCUUAUACAUUGUGGAGAGCCAUCCCUUAGAAUGCAUACUUGCACAUAUAGUAAUGGCAGCUAAACUUGUUGAAACUACAGCCUCUCCUUCUGUUUUCUCCUUUAAAGUAGUAUAAAAAGGAGAAGUGAAGCAAAAUUUGAAAAUAGUAUGAGCUUGAGUCCUUCUCUAUAUAGUACCAAGGGCUUUAUUUAUUAAAAACAAUUCAGGGGCUGCAUAAUAUAAUGGGCUGCAUUGAUAUUGCUAAAAACACAAUGCUGUGGGUGUUUUUCUUAAAAUAUAUGCGUGCAGCAAAUUAGCUUAAGUGAUAGCACAACAGCAAAUGAAUUUUAUAUGUGAUAAGUAAAAUCAUAGGUUCAUCUUUAAAAAGUUGCAGCAAACAAGGAACAAUUGUCCAUGACUGCAGCAGAUUUCACUCUUCAACUCAAAGUUAUUCACCCUUAUCCAGCAAGGGCAAUCCAUUCUGUACAUGGGAUUUCCUUCUUUCUGAGGUACCACAAGUGGGAAUGGUGUUGAAUGGAGGGAAUAAACUUGCAUUCAACAUUCAAGGACAUACAUAAAAGAGAUGAUCUGCACUGUACAUGCACUGCUAACCAGAUCUUUGACAUCACCACUGCUGAGUAGUCCAGUCGCUUAUUUGCAGGAACUAGAACCAGCCCUUCCCUUUCUUUUUUCCUUUAACAAGUUAUAGCCUUUAUAGUGCCAAACAUCUCUAGUAGCUGAGGUAGCUGCAUGCAGUAGCAUUCGCAAAGCUUCCUGUUGCGAAGUGAAAAUCUCUGGAUUUGGUGAUGCAAUGUGUAUAUUAGGGAUGUGUGAGGGAAAAUCUGGAAUUUAUAUUGUGCUGAGUUAUUUUUGGUCUGUGGUUAGUUUAAUGUCAAUGUUGGAAUUUCUAGUUUUACAUAAAAAAUUAUAACAAUGCAAAAUCUUUUUUUUUUCAACUUUAGACAUCAAAAUUUAUCACUUGAAAAUAGUUUUCUGUAUGUUACCUAAAUUGCAAAGGCACAGGUGAAUGGGGAUUUGAUGGUGUUAAACUGCAAUUUUAAAUGCAAUGACUGAGGAGUAAGACUGACUUUCAAGUAGACAUGCAGAGACUUGUGCUCUUCAAUUCCAAGUUUGGGCUGUAAAACAAACCUUUCAGAAAGGGUUUGAAGAUGGUGGUGGUACAGUCUGAACUGCAAACUUUUAUGGACAAACUCGUCAUUUCUGUAAAAUAUCGUGGGCAGCUACCCAUAUUUGAGACUGGAAUAAAGUUAGCAAUCUCAAAUUGCUGAACAUCCAAGGAGGUUAAGUUAAUCCCUGCUGUGAUUUUGUUGCAGUUGGUAGGAUUUCACCUUGGGUGAGUUUGAUCCUCCCUGCCUGAUCAAGUUAGGCUCAGGAAAAAUUAAAUAUUUUAUGGCCAGAAAAGCUGACCUCAUCUUAUCAAUGUGAGAUUAGUGUACAUUAUCACUUGAUUCCCUCUCCACAGUAUUAGAUAAUACAAACAAUAUACUAAACAGGCAACUUUCAAUUGCAUUUAAAAUUUCCUAAUUAAACAUCAAUAACAGGGUACAAAUAUGACUUAUAAUCAAAGAUUUCCAAAUGAUUUUUAAAGCACUUUUUUUCUUUUUAAAUAUUUAUAUGGCUUCCCCAUCUUAGAUUUGCUCUGCAAAAAUGGGAGGAUUUGGGAUUUUUUGUUUUUCAAGUGGGAUUCUUUUCAGACCUACUGAUGUUUGACACAUUAGUAGGUAUAUUGAAAAUCUAAAAUUUUGUAGUAGCUUUAGGGAAUACAUUUUGUAUAAUUAGCUAUGGGUAUGUUUGGUGACAUGAACAGGAAAUAUUACCUAGUACCAUCUGCUGUCUUAUGUCCCAACCAGUAUUGGAGUGUCACCAGUUCGAUUCUCAGUGCACUAUAGUCAGUAUUUUGAUAGUUUUAUUCUCUCAACUUUUGCUAUUUUUUAACCGUUUUAUUAAAAAGCUUUCUAAGCCCUGUGUAUCUCAUCAUAUUAAAAUUAAAUCAGUUGUGUACCAACUUAUUAGACAUUACAAUGCUUUUGCUGUCCUCAGUGGAAUACAAUAAGCCCGUGAAAUGCUGGAUGUCCUGUGCUUGGAGGUUGCCAUUGUUCUUGUACAUAAUAUAAUGAUCUGCCAAUGUCAAAAGUUCUUAUAUAUUUCUUUUAUAAGCUGAAAGAAGGUCUAUUUUUAUGUUUUUAGGCAUAUGAAUCGAACGUUGUAAAUGCCUGUCAAAUAAAAUAAUGCUGAAAAAUAUUUGGGGAACAUUUUUUUUUAAUUUUAUUUCAGUAUAAAGCAUUUUGGUUAUAUUGGCUGGAGAUUUGCAGAGUUAAUACCAAUUUAUCUGGAGUACCAUAGGUGGGAAA